CAAUAUUUUAUUUGUCAAAAUAGUUUCUUGUGUGAAUCUUGGUUUGUCUGUUUAAAGUACCACGGAAAUAGCUCAUUAUUUAAAAAUACAUUGCCGUGAUUUAUAAAUGUUUAAAUACAAAUUGAAAUCUUAUGUAUUAUAAUGUCAACACCAACGGCUUAUGAGCACGACGCUGAUGGGAGUAAAUUCAUUCCUGCAACUCAAAGACCUGAUGGAACCUGGCGCAAGCCGAGAAGAAUAAAAGAAGGUUAUGUACCUCAAGAAGAGGUACCGUUGUAUGAAAGCAAAGGAAAACAGUUCAGGGCCAGGCAAAAUGAUGGACUUCCGGUUGGACUUACACCUGAGAUUGUAGCUCAAGCACAAAAGAAGAAAGGUCAACGAAGCACUAUCCAACCUAUACCUGGAAUGAUUAUAACUGUUGAAAAGAAGAAAAAGAAAAAGAAGACAGUUACAGGUGUUGAAGAAGCUGCAGAAAAACUUGCCAAAUGUGAAAUACAAGAACCAACCUUACCUAGUCAGUCAGUACCGACUGAAAGUAUAUCUCAGUCUGAUCCGACAAAACGCCUCAAGAAUCUCAGAAAAAAGCUUAGAGAAAUAGAGUUUCUAGAGGAAAAAAUAAAAGCAGGGCUUCUUAAGAGCCCUGAUAAAGAUCAAAAAGAGAAAAUGUCAAAAAAGAAUGAAAUUUUAAAUGAAAUUGACAUUUUAGAGAAUAGUAUUCUAUGAUUUAUUGCAAUUCAAGAUUUUAUGAGACAUUUGAUUAUCAUGUUCUUGUUAUGUGUGUGUCGUGGUGGAUGUGCGAGUAAAAUGUUUCUUUUUAAUUAUACAAUAUAUUUACAACA